AUGGAGACUAACCCUAGCUUCCGGACACCAAAAGCUGGGCGGCAUUUGGCUGAGAAACAACGGCGACAAAAACAGAAAGGUCUUUAUGCUCAGCUCGCCUCUCUCGUCGAAAAGAAAAAAUCGUCGGUGUUGGACUUGUUGGAUCAAGCCACUAACUACAUCAAACAGCUAGAGAAACACAUUAAUGAGCUGAAAGCAAGAAUGGAUAGUCUACAAGUACCAGUUGAAAUAGCUGUGAAAGAAAGUGAAACAUUAUUGGAGAUAAAUAUAGUGUGUGGAUCGGAGAACAAGAAGCUGAAGAUGCAUAAAGUCAUUCAGAUUCUUGAAGAAGAAGGUGCUGAGGUUGUGAGUGCAAGCUUCUCCACUGUGGAUCUCAAGAUCUACCAUACAAUUCUCUGCAAGGCAUUUUUACGUCGACUUGGAAUGGAUACUAUUAUGGUGCAACAACGCUUGAAAAACUUUAUUUCUGGCACAGGAUAAUAUCAACUCUGACGUCAUAUGCGUUCAUAGAAUGAUGAGCAACAUUCCCGCGG